AUGAUCGUUUCAGUCCACUCCAACCUCGGGUUUAUCCGCUCGCUGAAUGUCCUUCUGAUAUUGACUGGUUUGAGCUUGAGCAGUCCCAUCAGGUCUCUUGAGAACCACCACAGGGCAUCAGUUGGUAGGGAUGUAGGUGAUAAUCCACUACUUGAUGCACAGGACUUUCUGAGCCAGUUUUUGUCCACAAUUAACCUCACAGAGCUGAAGCCCCAGCCCAGGCCCCUCGCUGCUCGUAAGGAGCCACCAGAUUACAUGCUGGAGCUGUACAACCGAUUUGCCCAUGACCGCACUGCUGUGCCCUCGGCCAACAUCGUGCGCAGUUUCAAGAACGAAGAUUCCUCCCCCUACAGUACAACGGCCAGGGGCGUAAGGAUACAUCCCUUGCUCUUCAACAUCUCAAUGCGCCACCAUGAGCACAUAACAAUAGCUGAGCUUCACCUUUUCACCCUGAUCCGUAAGGCCCAAACACCACAUGCUGGCACCGACUGCAAGGUGACCAUCUACAAAAUACAUGAGGGUGUUGUUUGGACAAAAGAGGUGGAGAAAGAAAUGACAAGGAGGGAUAAAGAGGAGGUGGUGGAGAUGGAGCAUUUGGAGGAACUGGUGACAAAGCAUAUCCAUGCCAAAGAUAACAGCUGGGUGUCGUUUGACCUGACUCAUGUGGUUACACUCUGGCAGAAGUCAGGGUGUGCAACUCACAGGCUGGAGGUUCAUAUUGCAGGUCUGGGGUCAGAGGAGGAAGGGGCCACACAAGAGGUCACAGAGGAAGGAGGGAGAUUGGUGGAGAUUGAUGUCAACAGGAGCUUGAAGGGGAAACACAAUGCAGUGAUGAUUGUAUUCUCAGAUGAUCCGAGCAGAGACCACAAACAGGAUAAACAAGAGCUCAACCAGAUGAUUGAACAUGAGAAUGACCUUCAUGAAAACAUGGGCCGGAGCCAACAAGCUUUCUGGGGACACGUUAAUCACAACACUGGCCGUGCUAACCAGGAUGAGUUGGACAAACAGUCUCUCGUGCAAUUGCAGUCCAACCUUAUCUAUGACACCCCCCCCCGAAUCCGUCGCAAUGUUAAGAGCGAGCCGUGCAAGAGGACCCCACUUUUUGUGGAUUUUAAAGACAUUGGCUGGGAUACGUGGAUCAUCCAGCCUCUGGGCUAUGAGGCAUAUGAGUGCAACGGUGUGUGCAACCCACCUAUGACCUCCGAGGUCUCGCCUACCAAACAUGCCAUAGUACAGACACUGCUGAGCGUUAAGAGUCCAGAGAGGGCAUCGCGUGCCUGCUGUGUACCAACUAAGCUGGAGCCGAUCUCACUCCUUUAUCAUGAUAACGGGGUGAUCACUUUCAACCACAAGUAUGAGGGAAUGGUGGUGGCAGAGUGUGGCUGUAGAUAG